AUGGUCUUUGAGUCAAAGUUUCCCAAGGUUGACCCGCCCUCCACGGACGUGUUCAACUUCAUCUUCAACACUGCUCGAGAGAAGUAUUCCAAAGACAAAGUCUUAUACCGGGUCCACAAUACCGGAGAGACUUUAACUUUGGAAGAGCUCGAGAACAAGAGCUUGCGACUGGCUAGCGUUCUUGUCAAAAAAUACGGCAUCAAGCCUAAUAAUGUCAUUGCAUUUUUAGCCAACAACUCUAUAAAUUAUCCUAUUGCUUUCUUUGCAGCACUAGCAGCUGGAGCUACAAUCUCUCCAAUUCCUGUUCAGCAAGGACUUGAUGCUCUGGCAAUUAUUCCCAGACUCGAACAAGCUGACGCCAAGUUGAUCAUAACUGACUCAACGCUGGCAUCCAUCACAAAGCCGGCAGCUGAAGCGUUUAAUGGGAUUCCUCUGAUCAGCUUGGACAGCUCUUCUGAUGGAAUCAGCAACAUCGAAGCUCUGCUUGCCGAAGAAACGGAGCUCUUCAAUGGAUUCAGACUCUCCACCCACGCGGAAACUGAAAAGCACUACGCCUUCAUUUACCGUACAAGUGGUUCAUCAGGCAACGUCAAGUCGUUCCUCACAACUCAUGCUCACUGGGCAGCCAAUCUCCUCACAACCCGCCUGACCGUACCUUCCGACACAGAUCCCGAGAAGGAUGUCUGGCUGUCCUCUCUGCCUUUCGCUUAUGGAAUCAAUGCAAAGCUGAACCUCGGUCUGAACAUCCUUCUUGGUAUUCCUGUCAUUAUUCUCACUCAGCCUUUUGACCAAUCUACCUUUCAUCUCAUCGACAAAUAUGCCAUCACCUUUCUGUUUGUCACCCCACCGCUCGCAGCCCAGAUCGCAAAGUCGGAGAAGGUCGGGGUCACUUACAAGAGCAUCAAAUGGCUUCUAUCUGCUGGAGCUCCUGUCCAUACCAAGAUCCGGGAUGCAGUUCAAGACAAGUUCAAUGGUGUUCGUCUGACUCUUGAAUGGGGUACUACAGAGACUCUCCUCAUCGCCCUCCAAGUCGACGAGGCUUCAUCUGUGCCAGGAUCAAGUGGCACUCUCGUCCACGGUUUCGAAGCCAGGGUCCUCGAUAUUGAGACUGGCAAGGACCUUGGUCACAACGAGCAAGGAGAAAUUCUUGUGAGGAAUACUCUCGCUCGCUUUGCUGGCUACAAGGACAAUGAGGAGGCUAAUAAGGACUUUGACGCUGAUGGUUGGUUCCAUUCUGGUGACGUCGGAUACGUCGAUGGGAACUCCAAUGUCUUCAUCGUUGACCGGUUGAAAGAGCUACUCCGUGUAGGCGACGGCUACGGUACUCAUGCUUCGGCAGCCGAGUUUGAAGCUGUUCUCUUUGAUCACCCCGCCGUAGCAACAGCCGUAGUGGUGGGUAUCCGUGACCAAGAGACUCAGCAGGAACAUCCUACAGCAUUUGUUGUCCUUCAGCCCGAUGCGACACCAAGCCACGAUUUAAAUGCCGAGGAAAGGUCUUCUGCUUUGGACAAACUGGCUAGAGAGCUGGAGGGAUAUGUUGAGACAAAGCUGGGCAAGUUCAAGAGGCUCUCAGGUGGGGCAUUUUUCGUAGAGAAGUAUCCUUACGUUGGUUACAAGAUUAACAAGAGGAGGUUGAAAGAGCUGGUACAUGUUGGGCCGUCUUCGGAUAGCUUUGCGCGAUGGAUUGAUGCUGCUGCUUAA